AUGCCUAAACACGAAGAUCUUCUCGAUUUCCUCGAAAAGCGAGGAAUUUGCGCGAAGAACGUUGACACCUCUAAACCCACCAAACAGAAAAACGAACAGUCACAGAGCAAGAAGCAUUCACACUCCAAACAUCAAACUAAUGCCUCUGGGUACUCAAGUGCUUCACGAGCUCAAACCUUCUUCACCAACACCCCCAGGAAGUGCCCAGUCUGCACUGAAGACCACAGGAUUUACGAGUGUCCAAAAUUUGCAGAAAUGGAUGUUGAAAAACGGAAGAAGCUCAUUUUCAACCAAAAUCGUUGCCUCAAUUGUUUUGCAAAGGGACACGGUGUUAAAGAGUGCAAUUCGAAGGGUUACUGCAAGACGUGCAAUGAUCCAACGGCCAGACACCAUUCACUGCUCCAUCACACCAAAGAAUCGUCAACAACGCCUGAAGAUUCGUCAGGACCAGACAUCCUCCCAACAGCAGUCAUCAAUCUGCUAGAUCGCAAUCAUCAGCUGGUCCAAUGUCGUGCCCUGAUUGACACCGCCUCCACCAAAAAUUUCAUCACCCAAGAAUUGGCUGCUAAGUUGGGCAUCAAAAGGUUGACGUGCUCAAUUCCCGUCGGCGCUCUGAAUGAACUUUCCACAAUAGUCCACCACAGAAUCAGCACGACAAUCUCAUCUCGUCUAAACAACUUCAAGAAGGAAUUGAACUUCCUGAUUGUCCCAACAAUCUCCUCUCUCGUGCCCAGUGAACAGAUUGACAGAAAAUCACUGGAAAUACCUAAGAAUUUAGCUCUAGCUGAUGCGGAUUUCCACAAACCUUCAACAAUCCAGGUUUUGUUAGGAUGCAGCACUUCCAUCUCCAUCCUUAGCGUAGGACAACUCAAACUCCCCAAAGCAGCUGACAUUUAUCUCCAAAAGACAUUGUUUGGCAGGUUGGUCUGUGGCAGCUUAAACAAUGAAUUCGACCACUCUCAAACUGCAUGUCACUUCACCGAAAUUAUCGAAGAAUUCAAAAAAUUUUGGGAAAUUGAAGAUAUUGGGCUCAAAGAGAGCCAACAAUCAGAAGUAGAAGCAGCCUGUCAGGCUCAUUUCCAGCAGCAUGUGUCACGCAAUCCUGAAGGACGGUAUAUCGUGGCACUUCCAUUCAACGAGAAGAAAAAUAAAAUAGGCACAUCUUUUCUUCAGGCGAAACGCCGCCUACUUUCUCUAGAAAGGAAAUUCCAAUGGAAUUCAAAACUCGCAGAAGAUUACACCAAGGUCAUCAACGAAUAUAAAGAACUGGGGCAUAUGAAGAAGAUCGAAACAGAUGUAGAAGAUGGGUUCUACCUCCCACACCACGCUGUCUUCAAGGAUACCAGCCUCACCACCAAGACCAGAGUGGUCUUUGAUGGCUCAGCACGUUCCAGUACUGGUGUCUCUCUCAACGAUGCUCUAAUGGUGGGUCCAACCAUACAGGAUGACAUUCUGGCUCUGGUAUUACGAUUUAGACUCCAUAACUAUAUAUUUACUGGCGACAUCGAGAAGAUGUAUCGUCAGGUGCUCAUCAGACCUGAAGACACAAUAUAUCAACGCAUACUCUGGCGAGAGAACAACGAGAUCACCACUUAUGAAUUGCAAACUGUCACAUUCGGUCUCUCCUCUGCUCCCUACCUAGCCGUGAGAUGUCUACAACAACUAGCUGAUGACGAACAGGAGAGCUAUCCAACUGCUUCAACAGUCUUAAAAAGAGAUCUCUAUGUUGAUGAUCUUCUGACUGGUACCUCCACUCUCGAAGACGCCUUACUCCUCAGAGAUGAAAUGAUCAGUCUUCUAAGGGCAGGUGGCUUCAACUUACGUCAAUGUGCCUCCAACUCACCACAAGUACUUCAAGGCCUACCAGAAUCUACUGUCAAUCUCCAACUGCUAGGAGGAGAUGAUUCCACUCUCAAAACUCUUGGAAUCCAUUGGGAUUCACAGAAGGACAGUAUUGUGUAUACUGUUAACCCCAUCGCCACAAGAGACACCAUCACCAUGAGAACCAUAGCAUCAGAUGUAGCUCGCAUCUUUGACCCCCUCGGACUCUUGAAUCCAGUAGUGACUCACGCAAAAAUCAUUCAGCAGGAAUUAUGGAGGCUCAAAUUGAACUGGGAUGAUUCCACACCGGCAGAAAUUCACACUAGAUGGAAUGAAUUUGCCUCACAGCUUCCUCUUCUGAAUGAAAUGCAGUUCAAACGUCAAGUCAUAACAAAUCUUCAAAACCUAGAGGUACACGGCUUCUGUGAUGCUAGCCAGAAUGCCUACGGAGCCUGCAUAUACCUCCGAUCAGUAGAAAACAACGAAAAGAUACAAGUCAAUCUUUACUGCGCCAAGUCUCGAAUCACACCUCUCAAGGGCACACAUACAAUACCUCGCCUAGAACUCUGUGCUAUGGAAUUGCUCUCCAACCUCUAUAACAUUGUUAAGAAGGCAACAAACAUCACGCCUGAACGAGAAAUCUUCUGGUCUGAUUCCACUGUAGCUCUUCAUUGGAUCAAGACCUCUCCUCAUCUUCUUCAACGAUUCGUGGCCAACAGGGUGGCCCGAAUCCAAGAAACUACCAAGCAUGUUGAUUGGAGACAUGUGCGAACGCAUGACAACCCAGCAGAUGCUGUAUCUCGAGGUCAACUCUCUUCUGACUUUCUCAAGAACGAGCUUUGGCUCCAUGGACCCAAAUGGCUUCGACUACCUGAAAAUCAUUGGCCUUAUCUCCACAUCGAAAGACCCUCAGAACUGCCAGAAUUCAAGAAGGCUACUUGCCUCCACAUCGUUGAACCUCCUCACAAUACCUUUCUCCAUCGAUAUUCAUCGUUCGAAAGGCUAAAACGCAUCGCAGCAAGAUGUCUAAGGUGGCGCCGAAGACUCCCACACAAGAACCUCACUCUUCAAGAACUGCAAUUAGCAGAAACCAGAAUUCUCCAGUUGGUUCAACAUCAUAGCUUCAGCACAGAAUAUUCCUUCCUAAAACAAGGAAAUCCUCUUCCACCCAAGAACAGACUCAAGAACCUCAGCCUGAAACUUGAUGAGGAUGGACUCAUUCGAGUUGGUGGACGGUUGAGAAAGGCUCGCAAUGUUCCUUUGGAUGGUCGACAUCCUAUCUUAUUGCCCAAGGGACAUCACAUCACACACCUCCUCAUCGAGAAGACUCACUUGACUAAUCUACACACUGGUGUUCAAACUACUCUUCAUCUUCUUAGGCAACGUUACUGGCCUAUUGACGGACGUAGUCAAGUGAGAUUCAUCAUCCACAAAUGCAUCAGUUGUGCCAGAGUGAACCCACCCCCUGUGAAUUAUCCAAUGGCUGAUCUUCCAGGCACACGUAUCACGCAGGCCAAACCCUUCACGAACACUGGAAUAGACUACUGUGGCCCAUUUUUGAUCAAGGAAAGAAGACAUCGCAAUCUCAAAAAAAUUAAAAUCUGGAUCUGCAUAUUUGUAUGCUUCACCACUAAAGCAGUGCACAUCGAGCUGGUCAACGACUUGACCAGUGAAGAAUUUUUAGCUACUCUCAGUCGAUUCAUCUCUAGACAUCCCUCCUGCAGAACUCUGCAUUCAGACAAUGCCACGACCUUCGUCGGUGCCAACAGAGAGUUACAAGAACUCUACGCCCUUCUCAACACUGAAAGACACGAUGAAUUCAUCAACCGACAUCUUGCUGAACAGGGUAUUGAGUGGAAGUUUAUCCCCCCUGUAGCUCCUCAUUGCGGUGGCCUCUGGGAAGCUGCCGUAAAAUCGUGCAAACAACACAUGAAAAAGGUCAUCGGAAAUGAGUUGUUGACUUAUCAACAACUCAAUACUCUUUGUGUGAAAAUUGAGGGAAUCCUCAAUUCUCGGCCUCUCACUCCAUUAUCAUCUGACCCCAACGAUUUCACCGCACUCACUCCUGCCCAUUUUCUGCAUGGAGACAUCAACUCAGAUCUUCCUGCACCCGACUUCACAGAGACACCCAACAACCGUCUAUCUUACUGGCAGCAUCUCGAAAAAAUUAAACAACAUUUUUGGAACCGGUGGCACAAAGAAUACCUCUCUGAGCUCAACAUCCGCCACAAAUGGACUUCCGGACAUCACGACAUCAACAUAGGAGCAAUGGUGCUCUUACGUGAUGACAAUCUCCCUCCUCUCAAAUGGCGCAUGGGCCGCGUCAUCGAGGUCUACCCAUCAGAUGACAACAUUAUCAGGAAGGUCAGGGUACGAACAUCCACUGGAAAAGUGCUUCGGAAUGUUCGAAGCCUGGCACCACUACCCAUAGACUUCAACAACUCCAACAAGUAAUUGAUCGCACAGCUCUCAACGGGGGAGUAUGUUGCGUGUCAAAACACGCGAAAUUAUAUUUUUUCUUCUUCUUAUACAUAAUUAUUUUAGAACAUUCUCUUGAAUUUUUCCCGUUUCUAUUCGAACAGUUUUUUGAUGUGAAACAUCUAUAGGCGCACUCCUAAACCGAAUCGUUGGCGUGGCGAUACUUGCCGUGGCGAGCAACCGCCACGCUAUACUAAGGUAUGCCUAUCUAUAUUCUGUGUAGUAGAGUGGACGGUGUGGGGAUGGGCCGCCACGCUAUACUGAAGUAUACCUAUAUAUAUUAUGUGUAAUAGAGUGUACGGUGUGGCUUCUCACACAGUUCCACGUGGUUCUUUAUACGGUACACAUAACCUGUGUUUUAGUUAAUUUUUUAUUUCAAUUUUUGAAAAUAAAAUAUGUGUGAUAGUGAUAACUUAGAAGAUCAAAGUGAUCAACCGUGUGCAAAGAAAGGGAAACUAGACUAUGGCAUACUACCAAGUCAUCAUUCUCAACAAUCUUUACAGGCAUCACAAAAUAUUAUUAUUGAAACUGGACGCCAUCCUGAUCAGUUGAACACAAGGCAUACUAUCAAUGUUGUGUAAGACUUUACUAAUCGAUUGAUCACUGAUUUUAUCAACUCCAGAAAUAAAUUAACCAUAUACACUUUAAACUGUCAAAGUCUCAGGAAACAUGCUGCUGAUUUACAAGAUCCUAUUUGUAGAAAUAGUAACUUUUUGUUGCUAACUGAAACAUGGUGUCCUGCAGAUGAAGCAGUUGAUUUAUGUAACUUUCAUUGUAUUGCAAAAUUUAAACGACAAAAUGUUAGAGCCGCUGGAGUGGCCAUUUACAAAAACAAUAACACUUCACAUGUUACUACACUCAACAUGGAUCUAGCAGUUCAAAAUGCUACAGAAGUUCAUGUUUCCCAAACAUCUAUUGGUGAUAUGUGUGCUUCACAUGUUAAACUAGAAGGGGGAAGUGAAUUAAUUAUGAUUGUAGUAUACAUUUCACCUAAUAACAAAAUGGAUCAUAUAAUUUCAUUUUUACAUGAAAGGUUAUUUCCUUAUAGCCAAACAGGUUCAAUAAUUUUUAAAACAAAUAAACCUAAACUGCCAUUAAUUUUAGCUGGAGACUUUAAUGUAAAUUUUGCAAGAGCUGAAUCAAUGCCAUUAAUGACAUUUCUUCAAAAAGAAUUUCAAUUGCAAAUCAAUAAUAAUCCAAGAGAAUCUACUACCAAAUAUGGAACAACAAUAGAUGCUGUAUUUGUGAGAUAUCUUGAUGGUGUUUCAUCCAAUACUUUUGUAACGUACUUGAGUUAUCAUCGACCAAUCGUCACGGUA